UCCAAGGGGAAUAAGGUGAAAGAUGGAUUCUAGUGGCCAAAAUGAAUUUGUUAAGCGAGCCCCAUCGGGCACACCACCAUUCACCCUUGGUGACGUAAAAAAAGCCAUACCACCGCACUGUUUCAAUCGAUCUCUCAUCCGAUCUUUCUACUACCUUUUCGUUGACCUCCUUAUUAUCUCCUUGAUCUUCUACUUUGCUGCCACCUACAUCAUCCCCCUUAAAGCCCCGUUAUCGUAUGUCGCAUGGCCGGUUUACUGGAUGGUGCAAGGCAGUUUCGUGUUGGGUUUCUGGCUUCUUGGCCAUGAGUCUGGUCACCAGGGUUUUAGCGACUACCGAUGGGUAAACGACACUGUCGGUUACCUUAUACAUACUGCUUUGCUUUGUCCUUAUUUCUCUUGGAAAUACACCCACGGUCGUCAUCAUAUCCACGCUAAUUCGAUCGAGUGCGAGACAUCUUACGUCCCCAGAAUAAAAUCUAAGCUUAGUUACACUGACCAAAUACUCAACACCCCACCUGGCCGUCUCAUUAGGCUUGUGAUUUUAUCCACUAUAGGCUGGACGUUGUAUAUCUGUUUCAACGUUGCUGGCCACAAGUAUGACACAUUCGCUAACCAUUUCGAUCCAAAGAGCCCACUUUACAAGGAAAGCGAGCGGGUGUACAUACUUCUGUCGGAUCUCGGUCUUGUUGUUACAAGCUAUGUGCUGUACAAAGUGGCUAUGGCACAAGGGUUCACAUGGUUGGUACUUCUCUACUUUUGUCCUUUGAUGGUUGCUUACGGGUAUUUGGCGGUCAUCACUUGGUUAAACCACACUCACAAAGCACUGCCUCACUAUGAUUCGACCGAGUGGGACUGGUUGAGGGGAACAUUGGCUACAAUGGAUAGAGAUUUUGGUAUUUUGAACUACAUUUUUCAUCACCUAUCCGAUGCACAUGUGGUUCACCAUUUGUUCACAACCAUGCCUCAUUAUCAUGUAACGGAGGCCACGAAAUAUAUCAAACCUGUUUUGGGUGAAUACUAUCAGUUCGAUGACGCUCCAAUGAUCAAAGCUAUGUGGAGAGAAGCUACUCAAUGCUUUUAUGUUGAGACUGAUGAAGGUGAAAACAACAAAGGCGUCUAUUGGUUCAACAAUAAGAUGUAAAAUUAUUGUAAUAGCCCCUUGUUUCGAUUUGUAUUAUCAAGCUUUUAAAUUUACUAUAUAAUUCAAUAAUUUUGGGGUUAAUAUAUUAUAUAUAGCCCUUGUUUCAGUGUAUUA